AACAAUUCGUUAUGGGGACUUUUGACUUCUUCGAGGAAGACGGUUUCAGAGCUCAAGACAUUAUAACAUACAUGAUGCCUUAUUUGAAUAGUCUUCCUGACGAAGUGGACUCAGAGUUCGGACCUAGUGAAAUGGAUUUUCCAGCCCAAAUUCCUGAUUUGCAGGAGGCUAUUUCCAGGGUUUUCGCUGAGUUGGAACCGGCACGACCAGAAACACCUGAGGAAGUUGGUACUCUGUACCACAGGUGGUCUCCACCGUCUGGUUCCAGAAGAAAUAAUAGUCCACCCAUUUGCCAAAUCUGUCUGGAAGCCAACUCUCCUUUGUAUACUGCCUUCGAUUGCGAGGAUGAGGGUAGGCGGCAUGUGGUGUGCCAGGAAUGUGCCCAAGCUUGUAUGAGGCUUCGGCGUCAGAAUCCCAAUCUGAUUCAUUGUCCUUCCUGUCGUCGAGGUACAUCAAAGAUGAGUGAGUUGCGAGAUGGUUAUGAGAAGCUCUGCAAGAGAGUCUUAGAAGGGCUUGCCGUUGUUAUAGACCGCCCUGAUUCGGAAUGGGAACGUUCGUUGCUGGAGGAUAAAAAAAAAUACAUGACAGAUCCUUCCAAGUUGUUGCCUUUAGAUAAUUUUGAAAAUUUACUUUCCUCGACAGUUCCAGUUUCUUUGCCUCUUUCAGCUGUUUCUUAUCUUCAAAGUUACAUCGAAGAAAGGCUUUUGACCAUGAAUUUUCAGUAUCCGUUGAUAGGAGAAGCUGAGUACACUUAUGCGAUUUGUCGUUUAGUUCCAGGAGUAUGUGAAUCUCUAUUGACGAAGUUGUGCUCAAAUUACACAAGAGCUCAAACUCAAAGUUGGCCUCUACUGUAUCGAAUGUGUGGCUGCCAUUUGUCGGAGAAAGAAUAUGAAGACGAUCUGGCUUCUUUUUCGCUUCCUCCUCAUUGCUCUCCUCUCUGUCGACCAGCAGAUGUGGUUCCUAAAGCGGUGAACGGUUCCUUCCUUCUUUGUCAGCGAGAAGAGUGCGUAGUGCCCAACAUUCCGAGCCUCGACGUUGCUAGGCCAGUCAGUGGAUUAGUAAUGAGGAAUUUUUGCAAUAGCCAUAGUAAGAAGCGUUCUUGUUACAUUCCACCUGGGCAGGAAUAUAAUGAGCAAGUGAAAAAGGAAUGCGAUUUGAAACGCAGCAUCUGUCAUCAAGGAAUCGAUGGAUCUUCUUUUGACGUAGCCGUGUAUUGUUCAAACACGAACAUUCCAAUCCUGAGUGACAGUAACGAAGGAGCUGCUUUCCCCAUUGAGUUUAACAGAGAGGAAAAAAAACAAUUUCCCGUUUUGGAGUUAUUUGGAGCAGCACUCGCUUUGCUUAUAGGAGGGCUUGUUCUGGAACUUUGGAGGGUAAAUUUUACAGCACUGAAUAAGCUUCUUUCUGUUCCUUCUCGUUCAUCUGAAGAGCUGCUUUUUGAAGUCGGAUCUUCCAUCGUUUCCUUUUUGAAUUCCAUUUCUUUUCCGGCUGUUCAAUUGGUGUGUUCGAGAUGUUGGUUGGAAAUAAGGUCUACAGAAGAAAAAGGUCGUUUUGGAAAUUCUAAAUGGACGAAAAUUCCAAUUCGUUCCGGUUAUUCUUUCCCAGUUUCGCUCGCCUUUCCUUCCACGGAGGACCAGUUCGCGGUUUCUCAGCUUAUUAGGCUAAGAGGAAAAUGCCUCAACUUUCCUUUACUUUUUGGAAAUGUUUUCAUGAGAAAGAUUAACAGAAAGUUUUCGGUAAUGGAAGACGUUGGUAGCGCCCAAAUGGAUUCUUCAUCAGUCUCUGUUCUGACCGUUUUUCAAGUCUUAAUGAGCUUCGUUCUACUCGAGAAAUAUGGGUUUUUGCUUUCUUCUCCGCAUCUGGAUGAAAUCUUAAUAAAGACCUACGAUGCUCCAGUUGUCACGGAAUUUUUCGAUGGUUGGUGUGUUGAGUCGUCCGUUAUUCCUGUUGUGGUUAGCCGGUCUUUCAAACCUGUUUGGAAACGCGAUUCUUUUCCAAUUCCGAAUUCUUUACCUCAAAGUGCAAUAAUAUUCGUUUCUUAUUUAGAUUUGCAUGGGACGCACGACAAAGCUUUUCAGUCGGAACUGAAUGAACUUGUCCGUUUUGUUUUCUCCGACUCCUCACUCAACAUUCACUCUGCGGGACUGUUCCGAGAGUGGAAUGAUGAUAACGCCGCAUUGGUGAGUUCGGAAGACUUUAUCCAUCAACUGGUUCUUUACGGAAUCGAAAAAAAAUGGUUGAAGCGUUCUUCAGAAAGAGACAGGUCGACAUCUUCCAUUUCCAUGGAAAAACUGUUAUCCCAGCCUGGAAUACAAUACAAUUUCUGUUCUUACUGCUUUCUGUUCGCCACUGGUAGUCCUUUUGUGAAAAGUGAAGAAGGGGUUGAGUUGUUGGAAAGAACAAUAGACCAGUUGAAGUCCGAUCUCCUAAACAAAAUGAACCCAAGUAAGACGUUAUUAGAAUUGGAAGCUGUUCAAGAAAUGUCCAGCCCUUCAACAUCCGCUUCUCUUGCCUUUAUAAUUGAUAAAGCACGAGAAUUUUCUCGUUAGAGAGUAUUAAAAAGAUGGAAAUUUGG